GCAAUGAACAUCUGGCUCCACAAGUGUUUCCAAUUACUGCAGCAAAGUCUCUGGAAUUUGCUUCCUUUGGCUCUAACUAUCUACCUAGCUGAUGCACACAGCUCUAACUAAUCAGCUACACUUGCAGGAGGGAAGCCAGUAACGACUGAAGGCAGAUGUGAAUGGGCUGCAACUGACUUCACUUUUAGCGGCUUGCUUCUCACAGAAUGUCCAAGAAGCCCGCGAGCAAUAAAACUUUAAUUUUGUCGCCCUCAGCUUAAACAUGCAUGCGGACGUCCUGGUCAAUUCCAUUGUUCUGCUAAUUGCCGUGUUUCUUCCUGAAAACCUCUUGCAGUUUACAAGGAACCUCUCUGGUCCCUGUCAGCUCUCGGCGAGGGAAUCGGAAACCCAGUGCCGGUCUCGGGAUGGUUUGAUCUGCAGCGGGCGAGGGUGGUGUGAAUGUGGAAGGUGCGUCUGCCUUGUCAGCGAGCCGGGGAGGUUCUACGGCUCCCGGUGUGAGUGCCAAGACUGGGUCUGCGAGAGAUUCAAUGGGAAAGUUUGUGGAGGCCAUGGAAAAUGCGACUGUGGAAAGUGCAGGUGUGACCGCGGCUGGUUCGGGAAUGCGUGCCAUUAUCCCAAAACGUGCAGCAUUCCGAGGAGGAAGAGCAAUGAAAUGUGUCGCCAUGCGGAUGGGCUGAUCUGUUCCAAUGCAGGCACCUGUCACUGCGGGACCUGUAUCUGCAAUAAUUCUGGAAAUGACAAGUUCAUUUAUGGAAAGUUUUGUGAGUGUAAUGAUGAAGAUUGCAUUGACGAUGAAACUGGCGAGAUUUGUGGAGGCCAUGGAGCGUGUUACUGUGGUAACUGCUACUGCAUGCCUGGUUGGCAUGGCGAUAAAUGCGAAUAUGAGUGUGACAUUACGCCAUGGCAGAGCAAGAGGAAAUGCACAUCACCAGGUGGUCAGAUCUGCAGCAACCGAGGUCUGAACUGUAUCUGUGGUGAAUGUGCGUGCUACGACCUGGAUCGUGGGGAGUACGGCGAUAUUCACGGGGAAACAUGCGAAUGCGAUGAGAGAGACUGCCAUGCUGUUUACGACAGAUACUCCGAUACCUUCUGUUCGGGUCAAGGACAAUGCAACUGUGGAAGGUGUGACUGCAAGGAAGGCUGGACAGGCAGAACGUGCGACCACCCUGUCUCCUGCCCCAUCUCACCCAAGGAAAGUUCACGGAAAUGCCAAGGGAACUCUAACUUGCCCUGUUCCGGCAGAGGAAAAUGCCAGUGUGGCCAGUGUUCCUGCUUCCCUCCUGGGGAUGACCGAGUCUAUGGAAAACAGUGCGAAUGUGAUGAUCGCCAGUGUGAGGACAGCAAUGGAAUCAUCUGCGGUGGGAAUGGCAUCUGCUCGUGUGGACGGUGCAUUUGCGAUGAUGACUGGUUUGGGAAACACUGUGAACAUCCCAGGGCCUGCAGCAUGUCGGAACAACAGAGCCGGAGUCUGUGUGAAUCUCCAGAAGGGUUAAUCUGCUCUGGGAAUGGUUCCUGUCACUGUGGGAGGUGUAUGUGUGGCUCCCCCCAGCAAUGGUACAUCUCAGGCGAGUUUUGUGAAUGCGACGACCGGCAGUGUGAUGAAUAUCAAGGCGUCAUUUGCACAGGGAAUGGAGUCUGUAACUGUGGAAUCUGUGACUGCUGGGAUGAAUGGACUGGGAAUGCUUGUGAGAUCUGGAUUGGAUCAGAGAGCUACUGAUGGUUCAACAGGAACAUAAAAGGACUGUUUCUUGCCAUGGUCUAGAGGAAGAUACUGGCUUUACCACCAACACACCAGCGUAAGCGGCAAGAUGACCUUUAAUAAUAAAUAGUUAUUGGCCUGGGAAUCUGGCAAACAUAAUAUUGUCAGGAAUGAUGUGUUUUAAUGACUUGCUUCAGUAACUUAUAAUCUACAGAUACAGUGGCAAACAGUUUCCUUGUAUGCAAAGCUAACACUUAGAAAUUGAGGUCAUUACAAUAAUGUGCUGUUCAGGUUAUUACUAAAUGAGUGAAUGGCUAAUUAUGAGGAAAUGCUGUUGUAAAUCUGCAAUUGGCUGAGAGUUUUGACUGAUUUACAGAUGAAUGUUUCAAUAAACCUGGAUUUGUACAGGGGCCAACAGUCAUUGAUUAAGUGAUUUAAGCAACACUUAGAGCUUGCUAAUAUUGUCUAUCUUUAAGCACGCCUUUAUAAAGGUUUACUUACACUUUAAAUAAAAUGAAUGACACUUUUAAGCAA